UGAAUAAACUAUUCCUCGACUUUGAAUAUCUGAACGUUUCGCGCGGGAAUGGGACCGCCAUCGAGGGACCAACCGCAGAAAGGACGAGAGAACAUAUCGAUUGAUCGACAGGAUACGUGGAAGGGGUUGAAACCUUGCUUGUGUAGAGGGGUGAGAUAGUCCAAGGUAGCGUUCUUCAAUUUUUGGAAAAUGGUACGAAGAAGAAGAAUAGCGGUAGAUCGUCUUGGGAGAACAACUUCCAAUUCGAAUACCAGCGAAACGUCUUUGGAUACUUGCUUCAUUUGCGUGGUUGUCAAACGAUUCGUAAAAUGUCUAAUCGUUCGAGACAAAACGUCUGCAAAAGACGGUAACGCACAAAUUAUACUCGUAAUUCGGUACUGCUUCUUCGAUAAAAGGGAAAAAUAUUCAACGAACAAGUAGUUCCCCAUUAAAUUAAGAUUAAAAGGUAUGAUUUUAAGCAGACUACCAUUUGCGUAACUAUUUUGACACCGAGGAUGCAAACGUUGAUCAUAAUCUACAAAUUGAUCCUUGUCUCCCCCGCUGAUCACGGGACAAUUAAUUUUUCGUACCGGUGACGGUGAUGAAAUCAAGCAGUCAGCAUAAUGAGUAGCGUUGUCUGCCGUGCAAUUCAUCGGAUGUCGUAAAACGAGAGGUGUGCAGAAGAGGGUAGGUGAACAAGGGCGAAGAGCGAAGGGGGUUGGCGAAGGAUGGCACGGGGUUAUUAAUAUUCAGAACGAGGAACAGGAGUCGGGAGCAGUGCCGAGUGACAAAUACCUCGCGCCCGUCCCAACCCCGGAACGGCUCAACUCUGUAAUUAACGCUAAUCUCCCGGCCGUUCCUCCGACACCGUACCACCCACUUCGUCUUCUCUCCCGCCUCUGUACUUACCCGAGCCAGAGGGUGGCCUUAAACAGCCUCUCGAGUCGACUCACGGACCAAGAGGGAUCUAUGAUUCCUCUCGACAACGAAGAAAAACCGCUCGCUUCGUCGAUCGAACAACACAUCUUGUGCAAACAAACGAUUUUAUCGAUAUCCCGAUAUAAGACCAUUGCUUCUGCCGAUUACCCUGAUCCUUCUGUUUUAAGUUGAACAAAAGAGAAAAAAAGAAAGGCAGCCAGCAUCCGAGUGCUGAAAAACAUAAGUGGUUGCGGUUCCUGCAUAUUUUUGCAAACAUUAAUACAUAGCGGUGUCGCUCGUUCAUCACGCGUAGCGUGCAUUUGAAUUUACAAAACCGGAAGCUGAAUUACUACGAGGGUAAAUUAUCACCGCAGGGACGACUACUUGGAACAUUCUACUUCUCGGCACUGCGUUCCUCUAUGAAAUGAAUUAAUAAUACUGUACGUUUUAAAUUAAUCACGAAGAAUUAAUAAUACGCCCGAUGUAAUACCCGAUCUUGAAUUAUAAAAGUAUGGCAAGAUUUAACGAAGAGUAUAUUCGGUGAAAAUAAAGUCAGAUGCUUGUUGAAAUACGAGGGACAGAUAGCAGCGUCCCUGCGAGGUCAAAGGACGAAGAUUCCUUCAUCCACUUCCUGCGAUAUGCUCGUAGCUGGUGGUUGCGCGCCUCGGUUAGCGCUUGGUGGACUAAAAUAGCGAGUCAGCCGACCGCGAAUAUCCUUGAUUAAACGCAAAAAAGCUCCGAGACCUAGGGCUCCUCGCGUUGCGCUCUGGUGUGGCGUGGCUGCGUUUUUUCGCCACCCUCCGCCAUCACGAUGGUCGGGUUUGAGUGUGGAAUUGGAUUGGCCGUCUUUCCUUCUCCGCUUUUCUCGUUCCCCUUUCGCUUCUUUUCCCUCUUUCAAGGAGAAAGAAACACUGGAAGCCUCAAAGCUUCUGGGGGACUCGAGUACAGCCAGCAUGCGACAUCAGAAAUACGUAAGCACGUUCAUUCCCAGGUAUUCUUUCGGGUUAAAUUGUUGUACGAUGUUCUAAUCUUUUAAGGGAAAAGAAGCACAUCGUUUUUACCCAGUCAAAUUUUAUUCAAAAUAUGAUCGAUUUAAGAAAUUUUACUGAAAGACCUUAACCACGUUAUAUUAUGCCAGGCCAUUAACAUGUUCUUUUAGAAGAGACACUCGGUCUACUUUCCUCGUAACGUGCAUGACUUGGCAACUUUGGAAGAUUGAGUUAAUAGACGUGUCCUUUAAAAAAGGUCUUGUUGAAUGCUUGAAAGGCACUUGGUAUUCACGAAGAAUUCACUGGACCAAGAUAGAUCUUCCGGAACACACAUAAAAUUGCAGCAUAUCAUGCUAACAAAAGGAUUCUAUCUUUGUAAAGCCAUGAUAAUCGAGGGCUAGGUUAGUCGAAACAAUGCGACAAGUACCCUCCAAGCAUGAGGCGUGAGUUUCGUAUGCCAGCCAGGGGUGAUGUCAGGAUGCGGUGAUAUAUGGUUGAAGUAAGCACGGGAAAUGCCACGUGUCCAACUAUAUAGUUCCAAAAGGAUUAGAAGUCCAAUACAUUCUGCGUCAUGUUAUUCGGAAACGCCAUUGAAUUCUUUCUGCUGCCGUUGACUCUGGUCUAUCGAUCAAAUCUGACCAUAUCUGGUGGCUACACCUGCCUAAUGAACGUAGACCAAUAAAGUCAAUUAUCCUAAUUGAUUUUUUCGUUUUCUUAAAUGUUCGAGUUUGAAACAGUAGUAUAGUCUUGGAAUUGCAAAACAUUUGCAUUUUCGUUAAGGUAUUUAUUUGCUCUGAGAUUUACACAGUUUGCUCAGGACUAUGGCAGCUACUUUUAAUUAUCAGCGCAUAACGAUGCACCGUAAUCUUCUGUACGAAUGGUAAUGAAACACGCGCAGUGCCCAUCGUCGAUAAGGACAAUUUCUUCAUUUUCAAUGAUCGGGAAUAAAGUUUAGUUUACUCUCACAAAAUCGAUUUUAAAGCAUUACUCCUAACACGCGACUCAAAAGCAGUGCGACCAGAGCGAUGCUCCAAUCAAAGCUCACAGAUCUGGACAAAGAAACAGCUGUUUCGUAGAGAUAUGACAGCUUGUCGUUCCAAUGAAAAGCAGACAUAAAUUGGAAAUGAUACAGUGCUCUUGGAGCUAGCCAAGACUAGUAUUGUUCGUACGUAGAAACGGGUACCAAUGAUCCUCCAAAAUUAUAAUUUCUUCCUCGUUUCGCUUUUAACUGUGAUUAAUAAUGUUGUUGAAAGUUAUCGUGCCGUGGUCCUUAUCCACGGAGUGCUCACUGGAAGCGAUAGCAUGGAACUUAUUAGCAACAGAAUUCAACAAAUGCACCCUGGAACUCAGGUUUACAACACACCAAGGUAUGCAGGAUGGAGCAGCUUAGAGCCAAUGUGGCGACAGGUAGAAGAGAUAGGAAUGGAUGUUUUAUCUAUUGGUACUGCCUUUCCUGAAGGAAUACAUUUAAUAGGAUAUAGCCAAGGUGGUUUAUUGGCUAGAGCUAUAUUGCAACGGUUUCCCGAUCAUAAUGUUAGAAACUUUAUUUCACUGAGUUCACCACAAGCUGGACAAUAUGGAACACGUUUUCUACAUUUAUUUUUCAAUAAUUUAACGUGUGAAACUGCUUAUGAACUUUUUUAUUCGGAACUUGGACAACACACAAGCGUUGGAAACUACUGGAAUGAUCCACACCAUCAGAAAUUAUAUUACAAGUACAGCAAGUUUCUUCCGUACGUGAAUAAUGAAAAGAACACGACGGCAAAGUCGAUAAACUUCAAGCGAGGUCUCACCAAAUUAAAACGUAUGAUACUCGUCGGAGGUCCCGAAGAUGGUGUCAUCACCCCGUGGCAAAGCAGUCAUUUUGCAUAUUAUGACUCAAACGAAACUGUGAUAGAUAUGCGUGAUAGAGAUAUUUAUAAGGACGAUUUAAUUGGAUUGAAAACAUUAGACAGCAGUGGUAGACUCACUCUUAUCACAGUACCUAAUGUUCCGCAUUACGAAUGGCAUAAAAAUAUAUCUAUAGUAGAUGAUUAUUUAUUACCAUAUUUAGAUUAGUAUAGUACAUUUUAAAUUAUUAUAUUUUAAAAAGAAAGUCAAAAUAAGGAAUUCCUGAAUUACGACAAUUCGUGAUUGAAAUUUUUUAUAUCAAUCUUUUGGUAUUUUGAUGUCUUUCAUAAAAAAAUGAAUGCAUUGUAUGUCUCAAUUAUUGUGAGAAAUAUACACUUUGUAAUUUAUAAAUUACAUAAUGUAUAAAAGAUAGUUUAGUAAUAAG